UUAAAAGAUGGAAGAGAAGUUUGCUCGGUUUAGAAGAAGAAUGUUUGUGUAAUUUUCGCGAAAAAGGCUGCCUUCUCGGACGACAUUGUGCAAGUGCAUUACGGUGAGGCCAUUCCGGGGCCGAAAUUAUUGGAAAAGGUCAAAUCGGUGUUCUUUUUAGUGCGUUGAAAAUCCGUCAUCCAUCUCGGAAUCUGAAUCGCACCAGCAGCCAGCCAGCCAGCAAGAAGCAGAACCAGAGUGCGCAGAAGAAGAAGGCGAAAAAUUGGUGUUUUAGGAGGAAAUAAGAAAAAGGCAUCCAUUGCCUGUAAAGAGUGUGAUUAUUAUUUUGCUUGGGAUUUGCAAAGUCUUCUCUUUGAUCAUUGGUGAAAAUAGUGAAAAUCCUAGUGCGAAAUAUGCAUAACAUGGUGAUUACGAUUAGCCCCAGCUAGAGAAUAAGAGUGCUUCCUCUGUACAAGUGCAAAGUGAUGGAAAAUUGGAGGAACCCUCCAUUGUCCCUUUCUUCUACUGGCCGUAGUCGUCGUCGUCGUCGGAUGUGUUUGUGUUCUUUGCUUAUUUCCACCGCUGCUGCUACUCUUCAUCAUCAUCAUCAGCACUAGCGACGACGACUGUUUUGUUUUAAAGAGCAGCUCCUCAUCCGAGAAAAAGGAAGAAAAAGCUGCAAACAGGAGUAGAAGCUGCUAUCUGUAAUAUGUUCGCUGGCGGCCAGCAUGUAUCGAUCACGGAUGCGACAGAUUACGACUUUGAAAAAGCGGAAAAUGCAGCCAAAUGGAAAGGUGUUUUCAUAACAUCACUCAGAAAGGUUCUAGAGCAAGUGCAUCCCUCGUUGCAAGCCCGCGAGGAUGCCCUGCUCUACGUCGAAAGCUUAUGCCUGCGUCUGCUAGCGAUGCUGUGUGCCAAGCCACCACCGCAUACAGUAUUGGACGUCGAAGAAAGAAUUGGGCGUACGUUUCCUACUCCCAUCGACAAAUGGGCCCUAAGCGAGGCACGUGAGACAAUAGAUAAAUCCAAAAAGAAGAAACCGGUUCUUCCGGUUGACCGUGUCCAUACCCUGCUGCAAAAGGAGGUUCUGCAGUACAAAAUCGACAGCUCGGUUUCAUUGUUCCUGGUAGCGGUGUUGGAGUACAUUUCGGCGGAUAUCCUGAAGCUAGCCGGCAACUAUGUCAAAAACAUUCGCCACAUCGAGAUAUCCCGGGAGGAUAUCGAAGUCGCCAUGUGCGCAGACAAGGUGCUCAUGGACAUGUUCUACCAGGGCGACAAUUCGAGCUCGAUGGCACCGAGCCCGUUGCCGCCGACGCCCCGUACUAGUCUCAGCUACGAGGAGGUCGUCAAAGAGCUCAUACACGACGAGAAGCAGUACCAGCGAGACCUGCACAUGAUCAUCCGGGUGUUUCGCGAGGAGCUGGCCAGGGUCGUCGACAAGCCCAAGGAACUUGACCCGAUCUUCUCCAACAUCAUGGACAUCUACGAGGUCUCGGUGACGUUACUCGGUUCGCUCGAGGAUGUGAUCGAAAUGUCGCAGGAACAAACUCCGCCCUGUAUCGGUAGUUGUUUUGAAGAACUAGCGGAAGCGGCGGAGUUUGAUGUGUACGCAAAGUACGCGAAAGAUAUCACAUCGGUUCAGGCAAAGGAAGCCUUAGCAAAUUUAUUGGCUAAGCCUCAGGCGAGUACUUUGCUAAUGUCGGCUGGUCACGGUUUCAGGGAAGCGGUUAAGUUCUAUCUACCAAAACUACUUUUAGGGCCUAUCGGGCAUGCACAGUUGUAUUUAGAUUAUAUUAAAAUUUUACUACAGCUUAGUCCAUCGCAGGAGGAUAAGGAGAGCUUUGAGCAGGUUCAGGGUCUGCUGAAGCCCUUGCAGUGCGAGUUACAGGGCAUAUCCUCACGGUUACCUAAGGAAUAUUUUGCUAGGGUAAACAGUCGAGCUCGGCGUCAGUCGGCAAUCGAAAAAACACGCGACUUACAAAACAGUGUCGAACAUUGGGACAAGGACGUAGGUCAGUGUUGCAACGAGUUCAUCCGGGAGGAUACCCUUGCCAAGCUCAGUUCCGGCAAGCGGCAAACCGAACGGAAAGUGUUCCUUUUCGACGGAUUGCUAGUGUUGUGUAAAACUCGUCGGCAGAUCGUGCCCGGUAAUAAUUACGAUUACCGGUUGAAGGAACGAUUCUUCAUGCGCAAAGUGGAGAUCAUCGAUCGACCCGAUACGGACGAGCUGAGGUAUGCAUUUGAGAUCUCGCCACGGGAACCGACCAGCGUUGUACUUAUUGCGAAAAAUGCACAACACAAAAACGAUUGGAUGGCCGAUUUGGUUAUGCUGAACACGAAAUCCAUGCUGGAACGCAUUCUAGACAGUAUUCUACUAGAUAUCGAGAAGAAACACCCACUCAAAGUACCUAGUCCGGACAUUUAUGCAUUUGCCGUUCUUGACUCGCCCUCGAAUAUUGUACUAGAGGAGCGAGAAGGCACGGGUGUCCCAUUGAUCAAAGGCGCAACGCUGACGAAACUGAUUGAACGGCUGACCUACCACAUUUACGCCGAUCCCAUGUUCGUGCGAACCUUCCUUACCACGUAUCGGUCGUUUUGUUCGCCCAAAGAGCUUCUUAUGUUAUUGGUGGAACGGUUUGACAUACCCGAUCCGGCACUGGUGUAUGACAGUGCCAGCGAUAAGGAUUUCGGGUCAGACACGGACAAGUUUCACAAAAAUUCCCAACGGGAAGACUGGAAACGCUACAAGAAGGAGUACGUGCAGCCAGUUCAGUUCAGGGUGCUGAAUGUUCUUCGGCACUGGGUAGACCAUCAUUUCUACGACUUUGAACGCGACGUCGACUUGCUGGAAGAGUUGUUAAAGUUCCUGGAAACAGUGCGAGGUAAAUCGAUGCGGAAAUGGGUUGACUCAGUGCUGAAGAUUGUACAACGCAAGAAUGAAAGUGACGAGAGCCACCGGCAGAUUACGUUUGCCUUCGGCCAUAGUCCACCGGCGAUCGAACAUCACUUACCGUUGAAUGUGGGUGAAAACGAAUUUAACCUACUGAUGCUGCAUCCCUUAGAACUUGCACGUCAGCUUACGUUGCUAGAGUUUGAAAUGUAUAAAAAUGUGAAACCAUCGGAACUGGUCGGCUCUGUGUGGACCGGAAAAGAUAAAGAAACUACUAGUCCUAACUUAUUAAGAAUUAUGCAUCACACUACGAAUUUCACCCGCUGGAUCGAGAAGUCGAUUAUCGAGGCGGAGAACUUCGAGGAACGUGUGGCAAUGGCAUCACGUGCAAUAGAGGUGAUGAUAGUUCUGCAGGAUCUAAACAACUUCAACGGCGUGCUGUCGAUCGUGUCGGCCUUCCAGGGGGCGGCCGUCCAUCGGCUUAAGCUAACGCUGGAGGAAAUUACCAAGAGCUACCAGCGGGUGCUGGCAGACUGUCGGGAGCUGAACAAUUCGCACUUCAAAAAGUAUCAGGAAAAGCUGCGUUCAAUAAAUCCACCUUGUGUGCCAUUUUUUGGAAUGUAUUUAACCAAUAUUUUACAUAUAGAGGAAGGGAAUCCAGAUUUUUUACCAAAUACGGAAUUAAUUAACUUCUCUAAGAGAAGACGUGUAGCUGAAAUUACUGGUGAAAUACAGCAAUAUCAAAAUCAACCAUACUGCUUAAAAGUUGACCCUAGCAUUAGGCAUUUUCUAGAAAAUUUAGAUCCUUUUAAAGGAAUGAGUGUAACCGAGAUUCAAAACUAUCUCUACGAGGAGAGCAAACGGAUAGAGCCGAAGAAUUGCCGUCAGCCAUUGAAAUUUGUACGCAAGUGGCCAGACAUUCCACUAAAGUCUCCCGGUAUCAAGCCGAGACGCCACAACAGUUCGUCGAUAAACCUACCUGGAACGUUGCCAUUCGUUCCCAAGACCUCGCCGGGUAACAAUAACGAUAACGGUGGAGAACAGCAGUCACCCCCGGCCACUUCGUCGUCGUCUUCCUCCGUGCUCGAUUAUUCGAUAUUUGCUCCCGUCAACAUCCACUCUUCGUCGUCAUCACAGCAUCACCAUCACCAUCAGCAACAGACGCACCACUAUCAGCAUCAUUCACAGGGCUCGAUGCAAUAUUGUCCGGCCCAUCAUCAGUCAGGUGGCCAACAGCAAAAUCAUCACCAUCAUCAUCACCAUGGGCAUCAGCACAGUUUUUCCCAGUCAGUGGUAAAUCUCGCAUCAGCGGCAGACCAUCAGAUGGCGCCGGAGAUUCCACGACGCUCCGAUAGUAUUAUCCUAACCUCUUCGCUAUCGUCCCAAGUACAGUACAACCUAAACAAUAGUAGCCUAUCCGAAUACAGCAGCAACUCCAGUGUUGGCAGUAAGCUAGUUCCCAGUCCACGCUAUCCGUCGUCUUCGAUGAGUGCGCUUUCGUCGUCAUCGUCGGGUAUUAGCGUUUCCUCCUUUUUCGGGAACAUGAGCGCAUCGAACAGUGAUGGUAACAGCAACAAUAAUCCUUCUACUGCUAGCUUUAAACACACGCCAAUGCUUAGUCAAAACAAAGUAGUAGCCAAUACGUAUGCUGAAGACAAUCCCCAUUCCAUUCUUUCAGCGUCUGGUCUAGGGGGCGGAGGCAGUCUCAGCUUGAGCAGCUCAGCUGCAACCAAUGCCGCUAGUAUUGUAUCGCUUAGCGACGGUCCAGCUGUACCUCCACCACCAUCAUCACAUCCACCAAAUGCGGCUGCAGCCAUUUCGCCAAGUGCGUCGAUGUCCUCGCCAUCUGCCAGUUCAUCAUCGAUGGUAACUGCCGUGGGUGCGUCCUCGUGCAGUGGAACCACGGUUUCUGCACCACCACCACCACCAGCACCGUCUUCCGGUGCCGACAUUCCGCCUGCGAUCAGUCCACGCACCGACAAACCAGCAUAUCCGCCAGCGCCACCACCAUUGCGGAACCAUGGCGGAGGAACUGAGUUUUGCUACAACACUUCCGGAUUACCAAGCAGUACAUCACCGCAUGCAACUAGCAGUAGUAGUAGCUUUAGGAUUAGUUCAUCCAACACUUUGAAGAAUCAAAACUGUGAUUUCACUUCCGCGAGUAGCGCUCUCAACAACCGCUCGUCGUGUGACAACUCGCCGAUUUUUCCGUCGAGCCCGAAGAUGCACCCGACGGGAGCGACCACCGGGUCGGCAGCGAUAGAUUUUAACAGCAGUGCAAUCUCGCCCUCGCUGUCCGCUUCGUUUUCGUCGACCUCAUCGGCCUACCAGACGACCUACAACAACUCUUCAACGACGGCCGAUUCGAUGAUCCUCAACACGACGGCGGCGAGCAGCGACUUCGGCCCGAUUCCAAUCUCACCGCACGUGAACGUACCAAAUGCACACAAUAUUCCUCCUCCUAUGCCACCUCCUCUACCUCCUAGGGUUAAACGAAAAGAGUCCUCCGGGGAGUCUUCACAGUCUUCGCAGGUACGACAAGCGCCGGACGCACCCAGGCUUCCUCCGAGAGAUAUUAGUCCACCUCCGUUGCCGCCACGUACUCACAUCCAGUCGCAUUACUUGUUUGGCAACGUGCAACAACAGCAUCAGCUGUACAGCUCAGCAGUGGCUUGUGACAGCUGGAAUCACGUAAAUGUAUUCUCGAAGGAUGAAUCUCCAUCUUCGUCAUCCUCCUCGUCGACGUUGACCCGCGACAACCUAAACCAGCACAACAUGAGCGAACAACGGCUACUAAUGUUACCGCACACCAGCACCAUCAUGAUGCGCCGAAACUCGGCCAUGGAUCGUGCUUCGAAAGAGAACGUACCAAACAUCACCGCUUCGCCGUCCCUCUCCGGACUAUCCAGCACGGUGGCGGGUAGUGCUGUCUCCAGUGUGAACAGCGGAGGAGCAGCUGCUGGUGGUAGUGGACCAGUCAGUUUACCACCGUCCGCCAUACCACCAGGUGCUGCGAAGAAUAAAUCUGUUCAAAAUUCACCAGUAUCACAACAGCAGCCGGCUGUUUGCGGUCGACGGCCUAGUACGAAUAUUUCGCCACGAUUUUCGCCCGGAGAAACAACGCCUAAAUUACCUCCGAAGCCAAAGCAAACCAAUCUGUCGUCACAUUCAGAUCGAACAAUGUUCCCCUAUCCUAGCACAAACUGACCAAACGGGAAAGGUUGCGGGCGGCAUUUCUUACGAUAAAUGGUACGGUGUGUGCAUGUGUGUGUGUGGAUCAAUCUUGCAACAGGUUAGUAAUACAACAUAUCUCCCACUUUGAGGAUGUUGAGGAAGAAGAAAGCAACAAAAAUAGUAGGAGCUGUUGGGAGGGUUAAUCAAAUACCAUCAUCAUCAGCGUUCAGGAACUCAUAACAGAAAGAACUGUUAGCUGUUAUGAGAGUGAGGCAAAAUAUCAGCGAAAAUGAUUGGUUGGAACCAAGUUAGAAUGGAUUUCGUUUUUCCUGCUUCAUUCUAAUUGCAUGAUGCAAAGAUAACAAAAGAAAAAAAAGUGGUGCGAUCUCCAAGCACCUAGUAGAUGUGUUGUAAUUAUUAUAACUUUUAUAUUUUAUACCGUUUCCUAAAUUUUAUGAUUUUAUUUCACGACAAUGUAUAGAAAACGCUUUAUGUUAGGGCGUGAGACGGCUUGCAAAGGAGAAAAGUAUACAAAACAAAUAAAAAAGUGCCAUAGUUAGAGGAUAGAACGAGAAACUUUUCUUUUCUGUUUCAAGGAAAUGUAAGCAUGUAUGAAACAAACAAAAAAUCAUAGCAUAGAAUCUGGAUUCCAUACUAUUCUCGCACAUAUGAGGCCAUCUCUUGUAACGAAACGAAACAAAACAGAAGAUUAGACGCAACAGUAUCGUGUUCCUAUAUUUGCUUAAAUUACUAUAUUAGAAGGAAGGAUGUAAAGGAGGAAGAACAGGUGAUAUAUGGGUGUAGGUCGUUUCUCUAAUGGUAGCCUUUGGCCUAAUGGAGGGAGAAAAGAAAAGAAAUCUGCGUUAAGGUACCUACAUAUUUACGAAAGCCAAUUUAAUAAUUUGAUUAGACCAAAUUUUAAGAUUUGUGCGAAACAUUAGUUACUGUGAAGAAGUGGACAAUACCAUAUACAAAAUAUACUGCCGCUCUUC